AUGCAACUAUAUACAUUUUUAGAUUGGUUCUUUACGAUAGGAUCUGCUCUAAUGGCAAUUCUAUUAGGAUUUUAUGUUAGCGGAGCUGCUUGCCUUUUAGGAUUGCUUUUCUAUUUAAUAUACCCUUUCAUAAUUGAAUACUCUUACAACAGUUUAAGCGAGCAACAAGAGAUAAUCAUAAGGAAUAUGCCUGAGAUACCAAUUGUAUAUCAUGAAAACUACAAUAUUACUGCUUGUGGAAUUGAAAAAUGGCAUCCCUUCGAUUCCUGCAAAUAUGGGAAUGUCUACAGAUAAAUUAGAUAAAAGGUAAAGGCUUAACAUUUCACUCCCUCAAUGCUGUCAAGGGGAACCUUACUUUAUCUAGGUAUGAGCAGAUGGUAUUUGCUCAAAAUGUGUUAUAGUGCAUAUGUCUCCACCUUAAUAGAAUUACCAGUAUUCUUUUUACCUGGAGCAUUCUUGAGAUCCUCUCUCCUAGAUCCAAUGCUUCUAGCAACCAGUGGAAGUAUUUAUGCUGCCAAGCUGGCUAUCGAAAAGGGAUGGGCAAUCAACCUAAGUGGAGGUUAUCAUCAUGCCUCAUUAAAUGGAGGUGGUGGAUUUUGUAUUUAUCCUGAUAUCACUUUGGUAGUAAAUUACUUGAAGAAAUGCCAAAAUUUAAAUAAAAUAGUAAUAGUGGACUUGGAUGCUCAUCAAGGGAAUGGUUAUGAAAGAGAUUUCCUUUAAGAUUCAUCAGUUUACAUCAUAGAUUUUUAUAACUCCUAUAUAUAUCCAGGGGAUCAUGAAGCUGAAUAAGCUAUUAAUUGUUUCGAACAUGUCGACAAAAAUACAACAGAUGAAUAAUAUAUCAUGACACUUUAAAGAAACCUUGAGAAGCAUCUCAAAGAUGAUAUGGAAUUCAUUAUUUAUAAUGCUGGUUCUGAUAUUAUGGGAGGAGAUCCUCUUGGAAAUUGUUGCAUAUCUCCUGCUGGGCUACAAAGAAGAGAUGAGGUAGUAUUUAAAUGGGCAAACCAUAAAAAAAUUCCAAUUCUCAUGUUGUUGUCAGGUGGUUACUAAAAAGAAAACACUUAUGCUAUCGGAGAAUCGAUAUUGUAAUUAAUACCUUGA